AUGUGUUCUUCUUCUCCAUCAGAAGAAGAGUUGGUCGGUGAUUAUCUAUACAACAAAGUUCACGGCAGUCCUUUCCCACAGACUAUUGAUGUGAAGGAAUGUGAUUUGUACGAUGAAGAGCCAUGGGAGAUUUGGGACAAGUAUGGAGAGCCUGAAUUGGAACGAAUUAAUGGAGAGAAUAUAAGGGUGGUUCUUUACUUGUUUACUAAGUUAAAGAAACAAUCUUUGAACGGCAAGAGAUUUUUGAGAAGCGUUGGGUGUGAUGGUGGUGUUUGGCAAGGUGAAGACGCCCCCAAAAGAAUUGAGACGAAAUCUUGUGUUGGGUCUAGGAAGAGAUAUCGGUAUGAGAAUGCGGGUUCGGAUCAACAUGGACGAUGGAUUAUGAUGGAAUUCAAUCUCGGUGAUUACAAUGGGAAACGUAAUGAUUAUGUCCUCUGUAGCUUGAAAGAGAGAGGAAGAAGAAAGAGAAGGGUGUGCGGAGAAAUUGAGUCCAAACAAGAACAGCCUUUGAAAAAGCAAAAAGGAAAGGAACAGACUGCGUCAACUGAUCCAAUUACAUCUGAAAUUCCUCCAUCGACACCACAACCAUGUUGUUCUGUAAAUUCUAUGGAUUACAGUAGUGUUUAG